ACUCUCGAUCACUUUACUUUCCUUCUCUCCUACUCGCUUGCUCAGCAUCGGUGCUUUGGCUGUGGCCGUGUUCCUGGGUGAGAAAAUGUUAACUCCACCUGAUUAGUAUGCAAAAGGUCGCAAUGUGAUUCGUUCUACAUACACUAGAUUCGUGUUUCCGUUUCGUCUGACAAUCUUGGGAUAUUUAAAUAUCGCGGAAAGAAGAAAGAACAUAGGCAGAAACACAAAGCAGAAACGGACAGACUACACGUAAAAGAGCUUUACCUCGCGCCUUGAACGCUUCCCAUCGCAACACACCGGCUGCGAGAGGCUACAGAGGGGUGUCGACAAGAUGCCACAAUCCAGCAAGCGAUCGACAGCAGCCAAGAAAAGAUGGGCUGCACAGAUAGCUGCAAAGGCCACUGUUGAGCUCCGGAGUCCUGGGCUAACUAGAGUGAAUUUUCACCUACCACCACCCCAAUCCCAAAGCCCCCAGACACCUGAAGCAUGCACUGUAGAUAUGCCACAACCCAGCAAGCGAUCGACAGCAGCCAAGAAAAGAUGGGCUGCACGGAUAGCUGCAAAGGCCACUGUUGAGAUGGAAGAGAUUGCUCAACAUAUGGACGUGAGUCCCUUGCAAGCCUGCAUCGACCUGGAGAAGGCCACUCAAUUCAUCACACAAGUGUUGCAGAUGGACGAGAUUGCUCAACAUAUGGACGUGAGUCCCAGGCAAGCCUGCAUCGACCUGGAGAAGGCCACUCAAUACAUCACACAAGUGUUGCAGCAUGAAGUAGGUAGGAACCAGGAGUUCUGCGUGUUGAUUCGCCGUCUAGAAGAGAUGGAGGUGGAGACUGGGCGGAGUCUGGCGGAGCAGGCGGAGUCAAACCGACAGCUGAAGCUGAAGAACGAUGAACUGCAGAAACACCUGGAGGAAAAAGACAACUCACUGUCACAAGCCAACCAGACUGUGGCUUUCCUAGAGAAUGAACUGGAGGACUUGCAUCAGCAGUGCCAGACUAAACAUAGGACGUUUCAGGAAGUGAAUGAGUGGCUGCAGGGUGGAGAGAACCAGCUCAAGGUUGAGCCGGUCUCGUUUUAUGGCCAGAGUUCGCCGGUAUCGUCUCACACGCCGGUCUCGUCUCACACGCCGGUCUCGUUUGAUGGCCAGAAGCUGCUGGAGGCUCCAGUCUCUGGGAUUAAAGAAAACGAUGAUGAUGAUGAUGAUGGAUAUGGAGAGUACAGUCAGUCUGAAGAGAGAACUGACCCCGGAGCAGAACGGACCCUCUCUUCAGCUGCAGACAUUAAAACUGAACUGAUCCAGGAAGAGGAGGACCAGUCCAACAUGGCUCCAGCCCUCGACUCCAAGAUGGACCCCGUGGUUCUGGCCCAGCUCAUGGGGGUGACUGUGGAGUUGGUGGACUGCUGUAGAACACAAAGAGAAGAGAAGAACACGGAUGGAGUACAGCCCGAGACCCAGGAAUCCGGAAGAUUCUCCUACCCUCUGUGUGACGAAGGCUUCAGCUCCCCGCUCAAGCUGCAUCAGCGCAUCCAUACAAGAGAGAGGCGGCACCACUGCACUCAGUGUGGCAAGAGCUUUACUCAAGAGGGACAUCUCAAACAACAUCAUCUCAUUCACACAGGAGAGAGGCCGUACAACUGCACUCAGUGUGGCAAGAGCUUCAAUCUAGAGGGGAAUCUCAAAAAACACCAGCGCAUUCACACAGGGAGAGAAGCCAUACAACUGCACUCAGUGUGGCAAGAGCUUUAUUCGAGAGGGAGAUCUCAAACAACACCAGCGCGUUCACACAGGAGAGAGGCCUUAUCAAUGCACUCAGUGUGGCAAGAGUUUUGCUCUAAAGAGGAAUCUCCAAAAACACCAGCGCAUUCACACAGGAGAGAGGCCGUACAACUGCACUCAGUGUGGCAAGAGCUUUACUCGAGGGGGAAGUCUCAAACGACAUCAUCUCAUUCACAUUGGAGAGAGGCGGCA